AUGAACGACAUAUUAAAUAAUGCAGUUGAUUGCUUUUUGGACAAUUAUGACGAUGUUUUGAAAAAUUUUCCUCUAGAUGGGCAAAAACAAGUAAGUCGUUAUUAUGAAACUGAUUGUCGUCACUCACAUAUUUUAAAAAAAUUGGAAAAUUUUACAAAAAAAGCUAAAGACUUUACAUCUACUGAUGGAGAACGUAUGAAGAAAAUGUUGAUUGAGUCUUUAGACCUGGCCGACAGAAAAGUUAACAUUACGGAAUGUCUAUUGGACAUGGUUGGAACUAACAUGCUUAAUUUAAAUAUGAGUUAUAAAGAAGUUGAAACUGCAAAACAACGUUUAACCAGUUCUAAUAAAAGAAUGUCAAAACUGAUGCCUAAGGAAAUUGAUUCAGAUUCUAUUGAUGUACAAAAUAUAAAUAAUUCUAAUAAGCGCCCCAAAAGAAAUGUUACAAAACUAUCCACAACAUUAAAUAAAAGCGUAGAAAUGAAAGCACAUUUUGAUAGAAAAUCAAGCACUAAUCAAAAUAAAAAAAAAACCACAUCAACCAAAAAGUCCAAGGCUCAGCCUGCCAAGAAUAAAAAAAUAGAUUCAGGAUCAGAAAGUUCUGAUAGUGAUGGGGAUGAUUUACAACCAACUUACUGUAUUUGUGAAGAAAUAUCUUAUGGGGAUAUGGUUGGCUGUGAUAAUGAUUUAUGUCCACUUGAGUGGUGUCAUUUUGGCUGCGUGUCUAUAAGUAGGAAACCCAAAGGAAAGUGGUAUUGUCCAUUUUGCAGAGGAACUACUUCAAAAACCAUGAAGCCGAAAUCAGUAUUUCUUAAAGAACUUGAAGAGUACAAUAAACGUAAGGAAGAAAACUGGAGCAAGUAA